AGGAACAAUAGCAACCGGAAUUUGUGUACAGCGUCCAACGUUCAAGUUCAAACGCGUAGCCAUAGGGAAGGGGUUGAUGACUCACGUUAUCCAUGUUACAUCUAGACUCAUCCCACGUCGUUGCAAGCGAACCGCGUGGAUAAUUAGUUAAUUACGAUCUUCGUCGCGGCUGGAUGCUCGAGUAAAUCGUGCGAUCGACGACGAUCGUUGCACGAUCCCCCGGUCUACGAGCGGUGGUUCCACGGACUGGCGAUCAUGAAGCUCGACGUUUCUUCGACGAUUGAUUGGAUGUGCCGCCGUUUAAAUUUCGCUCGGCUAACCGAGCUGGAGGAGUUAGAUCGAGAAAACCGGUUAGCUCGGCAUCGAGCACCGAAGCUCGCGGCAGUCUGCUGCUGGUCACGGCACACGGUUGUUCUCCGGUUUUAUGUUUCCGUUGAAAUUCGGUCAUCAGUGUGUUUCCUUUUCUUUUUCUCCUCUUCUCCAUCGAACAUUGUCCGCUGUUUCGCGAGCUAACGAUCGACGUCCAAGAGCAUUUUAAACACUCGCCUGGUAUUUUAAACGUUCGUUAUCGGUACGUGUCGCCCCCCUUGUUUAUUAAUUCACGGUAUACCAUACCAGCAUUGCAAACGCGUAAACAUUCGUAAAAACUGAUGACAUUACGUCGACUCGACUUCGUUGUAUAUCACCACGAAAUUAAAUUAAUAUUAAUUCGCGGACACCGGAGCGUUCGAUCGAUUGAUUCUUAGGAGCAAAGCGGAGUUCGUCGCGCGGGAAUAAUGCUGAUUAAUUCGUUGAUUAACGGGGGCCCGGGAAGAGCGGGUCCGCGUGCGUGAAUCGAAGAGGAACACGGGAAACGCGUGUACGAAGGAAUUGCUUUCUAGGGAAGUGUUUUACGGUCAGUGUUUGUUGGAAUUACUUACGAGUCGAACGGCGCGAGAUCGUCGAGGAAGAUAUCAAGAGGACAAAGAGAAGAGAAACGGUGUCGUGGCCUGCGUUCAAGACAGAGAGAGUUAACACGGUCGUUUGUUUUACCGAUCGUUGAUCAGAAUCGUCGCGAUCGCGCCGCGAACACGAAUAAACUGAGCCGCGAUCGUCGAGAAAACGUGGCAAUAUUUUCGCCAGCUGAUCGUCGGGACCACAGAAAAACUUGGAUGUGAAACUCUGCUAUCAUAUCGGACCACUUCUGCGUUACUAUAAAUAUAAGGAAGACUAUUUAUAGAGUCGAACAUCUCCUCCUGGGGCCACCGAGAAUGGAGGAAACGCCGGAAAGAGGAUACUUUCAUUGGGCAGAUUGGCUGGUGUUCGGGGUGAUGCUCGCCGUGUCUGCCGCUGCUGGAUUAUGGCAUUACAAGAGAGCGCAGAAGUCGAGCACGGAAGAUUAUCUUCUCGGAGGAAACAGCCUCGGCCUUUUCCCGGUGUCCGCUUCCCUCAUCGCAAGUUUCAUAUCCGGUGUGACGAUCCUCGGCACACCGUCCGAGAUCUAUAAUUUCGGGACGCAAUACUGGAUCACAAUCAUUUCCAUAUUCUUCUGCGGAGUGGUGGUGGCCACUGUCUACGCACCCGUGUUCGUGGAAAUGGGACUUAAUUCAGUCUACGAGUAUUUAGAGAUAAGAUUCAAUCGAGGCGUAAGGACCCUCAUAUCGUUGAUCUUCGUUAUCGAUGUGGUCCUUUACCAAUCGAUCGUGGUCUAUGUUCCUGCGUUGGCGCUAAAUCAAGUGAGCGGCAUCGAUGUGCAUUUGAUCGGGAUCGUUGUGUGCCUCACGUGUGUGUUCUACACCGUUUUGGGUGGCAUCAGGGCAGUGGUGUGGACGGACGCGCUUCAGGUCGGAGUGAUGAUCGUCGGUGUCCUAACCGUUACCGUAUUGGGUACUUAUAAACUGGGUGCUGCCGAAAUAUGGAAGCAGGCACUGGCCGCAAACAGAAUCGAGUUCCUCAAUUUCGACCCGUCGCCGUACACGAGGCACACAGUGUGGACAGUGCUGAUCGGCUCUUGGCUCUACAGCACCGCUUACAUAGCCGUGAAUCAAACGAUGGUACAGCGGUACAGAUCGCUGAAAGAUUUGCCAACGUCCAAACUAUCAUUGGCGAUAUUCACUAUCAGUAUUAUGCUAUUCAUAUCGCUCUGCUGCUGGUGCGGCCUAGUUCUGAUUGCCUGGUGGUCCCCGCCGAAAUGCGAUCCUAGGGCGGUCGGUUUGAUCACCGCUGACGAUCAGUUAUUGCCGGCUUAUGUCAUGGAAGUCGCGGGACACUUGCACGGCGUGCCCGGCCUUUUCGUUGCUGCAAUUUUUGGCGCUGCCCUUAGCACUCUGUCAGUGGGUUUCAAUUCGACUUCAGUCGUCGUUUUAGAAGAUUUUGUGAAAGGUUGUUUCGGUUUGAAACUGAGCAACCGAUCUUCCUUCAUUUUCGUGAAGAUCCUGGUCGUAGUCCUUGGCUUGAUAGCAAUGGGGUUGCUCUACCUAGUGGAAAAACUAGGCAGCGUUUUAGUGAUAACCGGAAGUCUUGCAGCAAUAGCUGCCGGUACUUCGUUCGGGGUAUUCACCCUGGGCAUCCUUUUCCCAUGGACGAACUCUAAGGGCGCAUUCAUGGGCGCCAUUGCAGGAUUCGCGGUCGCCGGUUGGGCGAGUUUCGGCGCAAACUGGUCCAUCGGUGCUGGCCAACUGGUACCUAAGAAACUUCCAGUGCCCUUCUCCCAUUGCCCAGCCAAUAUCUCCGAAAGUUUUCUGAUGCAGUUCGAGCAUCCGGACGAGGACGGGGUGUUUCCGCUUUACCGAUUGUCUUAUCAUUGGUUCACUGGCCUGGGAACGAUCAUAGUGAUCGUCGUUGGAAACUUCAUCAGCUGGUGGACGGGACCUAUGGAUCCUUCUAAAAUUGACAAGAGAUUAUUGUCGCCUGUUAUACACUCAUUGCUGCCAAAGCCAAAGCUUCCUGCCGUUAACGUUGAAAACGUAACGGUGCCGACAGAUUUCCAGGCGACAGCGAGUCUGUUGCUAGCCGACUUGAAGAAGAAACGUAGAAGUCAGAACUUCCCGAAUGGAAUCACCGCGUAGCCAAUGCCCUUCGAAAUUCGCCAUAAGCUUCGAUACAAUGGUGCUGGUCCAUUUCAUCCUCGUUGGAUUACACGAUCACUUCAACAUUCGCAACCUCCGCAGACUUCAAAGCCGAUUAAUCGAAACUUCACCUGACGGUGCUCCGGCUGCAGACUUCGCAGAAAGGCGUAUCAGUAGAUAAAUAGAAAGCCGUCUUUCGUUCGCGAAGAGCUUGAACGGAUGUGGAAUAUCAGUACAGUGUUGGUGCACACGCGCAUUACGUACGUCCUACGUUUGUCAGUUUGCUACAUCCUUAAUGACUAUCGAGCAGACCAUGACUCUACCUAGACAGAGAUUCGCGUUCUUACCAGAACGAUUUAUUGUUAUACAUUUUAGGAGAAAUAAAUUUUGUAUCGAAUUUCA